AAUUCCCUCCACAAAUAUUUGGGCGAUAUUCCCCCACUCCACACAGUGACACAGUUUAAUUUCUAUGGUCCAUAUGUCACCGUCGUUCGCCAUCGUAACCACCGUCUCACCGGCUUCUCUCGCCGGGACUCUCGUCUCUAAAACUGUUUUUUCUAGUUUAUAUUGGAAGAACAAUGACGCUACCAAGACGAAUAGGAAUCUCAAGCAUAUAGUGUGUUCUGUUUCUGGAGGGUAUAACACAUCUGUGGAGAAUGUACCUUUUCCGGGUGAUUACUUCGAGCUCCUUAACCAAGCCAAACAAGCAGUUGAUUUGGCUUUGAAGGACGAGAAACAGUUAAUGGAAAUUGAGUUCCCCACAUCUGGUCUUGCAUCUGUGCCAGGUGAUGGAGAAGGAGCCACAGAAAUGACAGGAAGUAUAAAUAUGAUACGCGAGUUUUGUGACCGCCUAUUAUCUCCUGAAAAGGCUCGAACCACAAGAAUUUUCUUCCCGGAGGCAAACGAAGUCAAAUAUGCUCAAAAGACCGUCUUUGGAGGAACUUACUUUAAGUUGGACUAUCUGACAAAGCCUUCUCUUUUUGAGGACUUUGGUUUCUUUGAGAGAGUAAAAAUGGCGGAUCGAGUAAAGACAGAAGACGAACUGUUCCUUGUCGCAUACCCAUAUUUUAAUGUCAACGAGAUGCUCGUAGUGGAAGAGCUCUACAAGGAAGCUGUUGUGAACACUGACCGAAAACUGAUCAUCUUCAAUGGAGAACUUGACCGAAUAAGAUCAGGGUACUAUCCAAAGUUCUUUUACCCAAAACUGGCUGCACUUACCGAGACACUUCUUCCGAAGAUGGAGACAGUCUACUACAUCCACAAUUUUAAGGGACAGAAAGGAGGUGUCCUAUUCAGAUGUUAUCCAGGUCCAUGGCAAGUCCUGAGGAGAACAAGGAACCGUUGCAUCUGUGUUCAUCAGCAAGAAACCAUGCCUUCUCUCAAGGAAGUUGCUUUAAACAUUCUUGCCUCCGCUUGAGAGUCUUGUACUGAGAAACUUCGUCAUGUAUCCAAAUUGUAAAGUACAUGUUGAAAUUGAUGAAAUUUAUGGUGUUUUUUGAGUUAUAAUCA